AUGAAUCAAGCUCCACCUGAAAGGCUUAAUGAAUUGCAAGCUGCAUUCUUGACCCUCACCAACACUCAAACUCAGUUUAUGACAGAGACUAGAUCUUCUAUCAGAAACCUAGAAACACAAGUAGGGCAGUUGACUAAUAUGCUUAAUAACAGACCGCAUGGAAAUUUUCCUAGUAAUAUUGAAGUCAACCCUAAGGAGCAAGUUCAGGCAAUUACUCUGAGGAGUGGGAAGCAAACUGAGCAUCCUAGAUCUCCACAGGCAGUGGUUCAGGAUGGAGAGAUGGGUGAACAGUCUGAUCCAGAAAAGGUUACUGAAGACCACCAGCUUUCAGAAAAGAGUCCGCCAGUUGUUAAUGAGCAGCCAGUUCGAGAGAUUCUAUCCAAGAAAAGGAAGAUGGAGGAUUAUGAGACGGUGGCGCUCACUGAAGAGUGUAGUGCCAUUCUGCAAAGAAAGCUUCCUCAGAAACUGAGAGAUCCUGGGAGUUUCACAAUACCCUGCACUAUUGGGAAUUUUGAGAGUAUGAAUGCUUUAUGUGAUUUGGGGGCGAGCAUUAAUCUAAUGCUGCUUUCUGUGUUCAGAAGAUUGAAGCUUGGGGAAGCAAGACCUACAACAGUGACUCUUCAGUUGGCAGACAUAUCAAUAGCACAUCCUCGUGGUAUUAUUGAAGAUGUUUUGGUAAAAGUGGACAAGUUCAUCUUCCCAGCAGACUUUAUUGUACUUGAUAUGGAGGAGGAUGCCAACGCCCCAAUCAUUCUUGGAAGACCAUUCUUAGCCACAGGACGAGCUUUAAUCGACGUACAAAAGGGGGAGUUAAGAGUUGAUGUGGUGAAUGAUUGUCAAGAUUCAAUUGGUAAAAAGAAGAAGAAGACCAAAGAACGAUUUCGAACAGUUCGACGUCGUAUGAAAAGAUUAUUGUGUGGCAAGUUUGAAGGUUUCGAUGACAUUGGGGAUAAUUUCAAUAUUCUCAACAGUGGAAGGGAAUUCUCCUCGUAUGACACGAUGGCUCUCAAGGAUGCAAGGGGUGGACUUGACCCAAGUUAA